UCACUGGACCGAGCGAACGCUUUCAAGUCCGAUUCUCGCCGAGGGACACGCACGGGGGAUCAGGAGGGAGUGCUGGCUGCACAUUUGUCAGGAGGUGCCUUCGGUGGCGUCCCGCUGUGAACUCGGCACUUCCCACUCUGAAACCUUCUCUGAAGCCCGCCGGGAGGUCUGGAGGAACCUUUGAAGGCCACAGAUUUGAAGUUGGACUGCAGGCAGGCUGAGGGAGAUGAAGACAUGUGCCGUGUUCCUGGCAGCUCUGCUGCUCCCCGUCAUCCACGCAGUGUGUCCAGAUAAGGAGCCAGGACUGCGUCCAUGGAUGCCAGGACACCAUGAAGACCACCGUGUGACGAUUGGCUACGGCAGGAAGGUUCUCCUCACCACCUCAGCCACCGUCCACUCCAUUGAGAUUCUCAACGGCGGAAAGCUGGUGAUUGCUGACACCAGCCGGCCCAUUCUGCUCCGAACAAAGCACAUCCUGAUUGGGAACAAGGGCGAGCUACACAUCGGCAGCCCCGACUGUCCUUAUCGAGGAAACCUCACCGUCUCCUUGUUUGGAAGACUGGACGACAGUGAUCAGGACCACAGCUACUUUGGGAAGAAGUACAUUGGCGUGGGAACUGGUGGGACACUCGAGAUCCACGGGAAACCGAAGCUGUCGUGGACGCUGCUCAACAAAACCCUGCACCCGGGAGAGAGCGACCAAAACAACUACCUGUUUCAGAGAAGCUGGGGGAACCGGGGCAUCAUCGUCCACGUCGUCGACCCAAAGACGGGCGACGUGCUGCACGACGACAGGUUUGACACGUACCGCAGUAAGGACGAGAGCCGGCGUCUCGCCAAGUAUGUGGACGGUGUACAAGUCGGGCUCAUAAUGGCUGUGAUGGUCAACGACGAAGGGUCCAACAACCUGGAGGACUCGGCCAAGAAGAGUCUGUUCAGACUGGGCAGUCAGCACAUCACCACUCUGGGAUUUCGGCAUCCCUGGACGUUUAUAGUGACAAAAGGUGACACUUCCUCAGCUGUGGAGGAUCACGCUGUCUAUCAAGGGACCAAGGCUUCUUCAGAGGCUCGGAGUUCACGUGUUUUUAAGACCAGUUAUGGAGAUCAUUUCACCAUCACUGCCAGCAGCCAGUGGGUCCAAGAGGCAGAGUGGACUGAGUGGUUUGACAGAGAUGACGAGAGAGCAUCUGGAGACUGGGAGAAACUGUCUGACCUGCACGAGGCCUAUCCAGACCGACUGUGUGGCAGUCCACUGGACAUACAGGCUGAGACCCAUGACGGCAUACCGUGGAACCAGACUGGCGACGUGAUCCACAAGAACGACAAGGACUACGGCUUCGUCUGCCUGAACAAGGACCAGGCUCACGGCCUGUGUCACAACUACAGAGUCCGCUUCCUCUGCGGAAAACUGGUUCGUCCACAGGCGUCCCUGUCCAUCGACAUGACGUCCAACAGCAGCAUCCUGGAGCUCGAUGACCGACCGGAGGGCUGGGGCCCGGGCGAUCGGGUGGUGGUGGCCAGUACUGACUUCUCCAUGCACCAGGCUGAAGAGUUCACGUUGUUGCCCUGCCCUACUUGCUCAUCCAAUCAGGUCAAGGUCCAAGGUAAGGCCCAGUUUGUCCACAUGGGCGAGGAGGUGGACGGCGUGGACAUGAGGGCAGAGGUCGGCCUGCUGAGUCGAAACAUCCUCCUCCGGGGUGAGAUGCAGCCCGGCUGCUAUGGCAAUGAGGCCUGCAAGUUCUUCGACUUUGACACGUUCGGUGGACACGUGAAGGUGGAGCGAGGCUUCAGGGCCGUUCACGUCUCGGGGAUCGAGCUGCUGCACAUGGGCCAGCAGACGAUGGGACACUAUCCCGUCCAUUUCCACAUGAACGGAGAAGUGGACGAGAGGGGAGGCUACGACCCGCCCACCUUCGUCAGCGAUCUGUCCAUCCACCACUCCUUCUCCCGAUGUGUGACCAUCCACUCCUCCAACGGACUGCUGGUAAAGAACGUGGUGGGCUACGACGUGCUGGGCCACUGUUUCUUCACGGAGGACGGUCCAGAGGAGAGGAACACGUUUGACCACUGUCUGGGUCUGAUGGUGCGAGCGGGGACUCUGCUGCCUUCAGACAGAGACAGCAAAAUGUGCCGGGACAUCACCGAUGGGGCUUUCCCAGGAUACGUGGCCAACCCACGCCAGGACUGCAGUGCGACUUCAACUUUCUGGAUCGCCAACCCCAAUAACAACCUCAUCAACUGUGCUGCUGCAGGCUCAGAGGAAACAGGCUUUUGGUUCAUCUUCCACCACGUGCCCACAGGUCCUUCAGAAGGCCUCUACUCUCCUGGACACACUGAGCACACACCUAUGGGCCAGUUCAUCAACAACAGAGCUCAUUCAAACUACAGGGCUGGAAUGAUCCUUGAUAAUGGAGUAAAGACCACCCAGGCUAACGACAAGGACAAGAGACCCUUCCUGUCUCUGAUUGGAGCCAGGUAUGGUCCUCACCAGGACGCUGACCCCUUCAAAGCCAGAGUCCCUGCUCUCAUCCAUCACUUUGUGGCCUACAAGAACCAGGACCAUGGAGCCUGGCUGAGAGGAGGGGACGUGUGGCUGGACGACUGCCAAUUUGCUGAUAAUGGCAUUGGCCUCACUCUGGCAAGCGGAGGAACGUUCCCCGACGACGACGGCUCUCGUCAGCAGGUGAAGAACUCGCUGUUCGUGGGUGAGAGUGACAACCGCGGGAUGGCCCUGACUGACAACGAGAUCUGGGGCCCCGGUGGCCCCGACCUCACCGGCAGGACCCUGCCACGCGGCGUUGAUUUCCCGAUGCGGGGCAUGCAGAUCUACGACGGCCCGAUCAUCGUGCAGAACUGUACCUUCCGUAAAUACACGGCACUGGACGGACGUCACACAAGCGCCUUUGGCUUCAGGCUCAACAACUCGUGGCAAAGCUGCCCCAACAACAACGUCUCCGACAUCACCUUCGACCACGUACCCAUCACGUCUCGGGUGUUUUUCGGGGAACCGGGUCCUUGGUUUAAUAAGAUGGAGAUGGAUGGAGACAAGACCACCAUCUUCCACGACAUCGACGGCUCCGUCAGCGAGUAUCCUGGAGCUUUCCUGGUCAAAGAGGACAACUGGCUGCUCCGUCACCCGGACUGCAUCGACGUGCCUGACUGGAAGGCUGCGAUCUGCAGUGGUCACUAUGCUCAGAUCUACGUUCAGACACGUAACCCUGCCAACCUGAACAUGUACAUGGUGAGAGACGAGUAUCCUGACCGACCCCUGAUGCUAGAGGGCGCUCUGGGCAAGAGGAAACACUACCAGCAGUUUCAGCCUGUGAUCACACUGUCCAAAGGCUACACUGUCCACUGGGACCAGGCGGCUCCUGCUGAGGUCGUCAUCUGGCUCAUUAACUUCAACAAAAACGACUGGAUCAACGUCGGCGUGUGUUUCCCUAAAAACACCAGCUUCACCGUCAUCUCUGACCUCCACAACCGUCUGACCAAACAAACACGCAAGACCGGUGUCUUCAUGAGGACAACGCAGAGGGAAAAGAUCAACCACGUCCACCAGACCAGAGGAUACUACUACUGGGAGGAGGACACUGGGCUGCUGUUCCUGAAGGUGAAGGCUCAUAACGAGAAGGAGCAGUUUGCCUUCUGCUCGGUCAAAGGCUGCGAGCGAGUGAAGAUCACAGCUGUCAUCCCCAAAGGAAGUCCAGCCAGUAACUGCAUGGACGAGGCGUAUCCAAGACACGCUGAGCUGCCGGUGGUGGACGUACCCAUGCCCAGGAAGAUCCCCAACGCCAGGCUGCACUCCACCGAACAUUUCUUAGAGGUCAAGAUGGAGUCUUACAACACUCGCUUCUUCCACAUCAAGGAGGACUUUGCCUUCACUGAGGUGAACGGUAAGAAGCUGUACCAGUCAGAAGAUGGCGUUCAGCUGACGGUGAUCGACGGCCGCGACGGGAAGAUGGUGGACACCAAAGGCUUCAGGAACUCCAUCCUCCAGGGAAUCCCUGCACAGAUAGACAACUACGUCAGUGGACUGAGAGACGGCUCCGUCGUCCUCAUGACGUCUAAAGGCCGUCUGUUCACCAGAGGAUCCUGGACUAAAGUCCUGGAGAAGCUGGGAGCAGACAAAAACAUCAGACUGAAAGAUAAGUUGGCAUUCGUGGGAUUCAAGGGCUCGUUCCAUCCCGACUGGGUCCAUCUGGAGGUGGACGCUGACCGAGCCAAGAUCCAUCAGGUGCUGCCAGUUCCUGUGGUGCACAAGAUGAAACUAUGAGUGGAGCACGGAACAGGAGAGGAAGCCAAGAAGUGACUAUGUAGCUCCCAGAUACUGAUGCACAUGCCCCGCCCCCCCAAAAGAAACAGCGGCACACACUUACACAUGUACACACACACACACACUAACACACACACAUUUGCCAGCACUGAAGAAUCAGCUGCUCCAAACCAUUGGUCCUGGAUCAAGUGGUGAUUUUUUUGGUGUUCUGGUUUUGGCGCUCAGACAAAAAAAAAGAAAAAAAAAAAAGAUGUGACCUUGUGUGUCAUAAAAGGAGAAGAGCUUUUCCAAAAAGCCAGCACUGCCCGUGAUGAACUGUAUCUGUGUAAGACACCCACCAUCAGUUAGAGUCCUUUAAAGUGACCAUGCUCCCCGUGGCGGCCAUGUUGGCUCAGAACAACUCGGAAACACAGUCGUCUGUGCAGAACUUUUGAAAAGAUACGACCGACGGCGGCUCCGUUUUCUGAUUGGACUCUCUGUCGUCGCGCCGCUAAAGAUUGUUGUCAUGUUUACACGUGAGCUAAAGAAACCACGGGACUCGGUCGGCUAACAGCGACUGUUGUUGUGUUGUGAAAACAUUGUUUUUGUCGACCAGCUAACCCGGACAUUAAGGUUCAAUCUACUCCCUACGAAGUGACAGACCCAUUCAAGAACGUGCUAACAUAAGCAAAGAUGUUGGAAGGGCUAGUUAGCGCUAGAACUUCAUCCUACCCCCGCUAGCUCAGCAAGAAUCGGGACACAUUACGCCCACAUGUGAACGCACAAAUCAAGGGGUGAAAUGGGAUUGAGGCCAACACUGAGAAACCUUUUCUGUUGGUUUGUAAGUUCUUUGAAGAAGCCAAACUCUUCUCAAGUAACGUCUGCAUCGAGACCUUUGAUCUCUAACAGACUUUGCAAUUAAAUUAGCCCCAGUACACACAAGCUAACAUCUCUAGCAAUUUGAUAGCCUUUGUUGUCGCGCAUUCAGGGAGACUGAACCUUUUUCCACUGGGUCAAAAAAAACCAAAAACACCACAAACAUCCGAGCUUUUGUCCGGACUGGGAGAAGAUAAAGUUUCACAUUCACUCCCAGGUCACAUGACCCUCGAUAGAUGUGGGUUUUUAAAUCACAUGACUCCUUGAACGUGCUGAUUCCGUGCUUGUUUUCGUCUAAUGAAACAGUUGUGAAGUCUGUUAGAGAUGUAGAGGUUCCAUCCACCAACUGAAGACAAUCAUAUGCGAGUGUUUUGUAUUAGCGGCGCGGAAAAUAUUGUGAUAUCAGCUCCAAAAUAUUCUUGUUUUUUAUUUUAUUUGCACAAACAACAAUUUUGACACUUUACAACCCGGGCGCAGGAGCAGUGGGCAGGACUCAUCUGCACCCAAAGAGCAACGGUGGUUGGGUUCCUUGCUCAGGGGCACCGGAUUUGAACCGGCAACCCUCGUGUUACAAGCCCAAUUCCCUUCCACUCGUCCAUGGGGCGACAAAUUAAAAAAAAAAAAUUCUGUUAGGAUUGUGAAUCGCCAGAGACGCUACGAUACAAUAUUGUCCUGAUAUUUGAGUCAGGAUCACGAUAUUAUUAUGAUAUUGCGAUAUGCUCACACAACAGUGAGCAGUUGGCACCAUCUAGUGGACUGAAUUGUCAAUUGAUUUUUUUUUUAUGCUAAUCCACAAUCAGUUAAUUUAUUUGUAUGCUAAACAAAAAUCAAUACUUGGUGUCUCUAUAAUACAUUCUCGGAAACUUUAUUGUUACUUUACAAAGAGUUUAUUUUCUUCAUGACCAUGGAAGCACAGUCCCGAGGCUAGUGCCUCUCCCUGAAAAAGGACUUAUUUUUUUAUAUUGUAUUAUAUAUUACGAAUUUGUUUAUCUUUAUAUUCAGGUAUCGCCUGGAUUUAUUUUGAUUUUACGGCCGUUGAAUUGUCAAAGAAAAAAGUUCAAUGAGUGAGUUCUUCUGCAUCGCUGAUCUUUUGCGUUCGUGUCACUAUUUCCUGCUUUGGUACGCAAACUGCUUUUACAAAAAAACCUGCGUAUGAUUGUCGUUCGUAGAGAACUGGGUCAGCCAAUUUUUGAUGUUCCGACAAUAACUCACUUGUGUGCCGAUGAAUCAUCGGGUCCGGCGGUUUGAUAUCCAUCCACGCUCAAGUCUGUGGCCUUUGUGGCCGUAAACGCAGAGCGAAGUGAACAACGAGGGCUCAUCAGACACACGUGUAUACUGUACAUGCAUCUUUACGCCCUGCAGGUCUACAUGUGACGCGUAGAAUCUGAGUACUUUGACCUUCCUUUUUUUGGGGGGGUUUUAAAUCGGUCAAAAUCUGUUUUAAAGAAAAGAGAAGAUAAGAAAAAAAGAUGAAACAUUCCUUGUUUUGCUUUCUGACUCGUGGCUGUCGACUUUGCUCCGCCUCAUUCCGAGCGCUCGCUCACUGUGAUUGUGAUGUUUUUUCCUGCCAUAUUUGUUAGUUGUGUGUGAAUCCAUUUUUGUCUGUGUGUUGUUUUUUUGGGGUUUUAUUUUUGGAGUGAACCAGCAGAAAAAGGCCCAUAAUAAUCUUAACAAUUUAAGAAAAAGAAAAUAACAACAUGUCGUUCUGUUUACGUUAAAGCUUUCAAAAAGUGGAAUUUUAAAGUAGUUUUACUGCCAUUUUAACGUCAAAUUUGUUGGAGUGCUGAGCCGAUGCUUUUUGACGUAGAGAAAAUCCCUUUGUAACUUUUAAUCAUUAACUUGUCUGGAACAUAUGGACCAAGUUUGAUGCGGUUAGCUCAAACAUUGCUAGGGCGUGUUCAUUCAAAUGUGUAGACUAGCCAUUUAGUUUUUUCCAAAAUGGCCGACUUCUGGGUGGGCGGAGCUAAUGGAAGUACAUUAGAAAUUUGUGUUUAAUCAUAAGAGCAACGAGUGUUUGCUUAAAAUCGAAACAACGUGGAUGCGAUAGAAAAAAUCCAAAAUUUAGCAUUUAAAAUUCCUUAUCCGACGACUUUUGGCUGACCGUGAUCCGACUUCUGGGGGGCGCUACAGAGCCCAUGAACGGGUUUGUGCCCUAUGCCACUAUCGCAUUUUUCGCCAACCCGACCUCCGUGCCAAAUUUCAAGAGUUUUUAUUCACGUUAACACCCUCAAAAAUUAGUGUGACAUCGGUGAAAAAUAAUAAUCUCAACAGGAACAAUAGUUUCCUUGUUACCCAGUGGAUGUUCAAUCUGGAUUAUUUUUAAUCUCCCACCAUCGUUUGUUUUAAUCCGGCGAGAAAAAUAAAGGAUUCGCCCCACUUUCUUCUUUUUUUUUGCCGAAAUAGCUGGUCUUUUUUCGGAGGACGUUAAGUCGCAGUGAUUUCGUGUUUUGUAUGUUUUUUUUGUGUGUUUUUAAAAAUCUGCAGAUUGCUAAGAGAUAUAUUUUAUACUUAUUUAUUGUACAGACACCAAAUUUACAAAAAAGGGGACAUCUUAUGAGUUGUAAUGUUGUUACUGUUCCUGUAGGUGGAGACAAACACACAGACACACACACACACACACACACCUUCCAUUUAAGAAGAAGAAAUAAAUAAAUAAUAAUUAAAAAAAGAGAUUUUCCUGUAGACACUCCCAGCAAACAUGCGUAUGACUCUUAUGGUAUAGUCGGCUUGUUUUAACUGUACAUCAAAUGGAUGUGUUGUAUAUGUGGCUUGGGCUUGUAAAGUGAUGACUUUGAAUUUCUUUGAGGAUUUUUGUACAGAAAUAAAUGACAAUGAACAGUU